AUGGACGGCAACGAUGCGAUGAAGGUAUUGGUGCCCACGGCAGUCUUCGCCGUAGGAGUCGGACUUUUGCUCUAUUUCUGGCCAAGGCCACCGAAAGUUUUCUUGACAAGGGAGAGGAAACGUGUCCAGGUGUCUGAUGUUGUAGAGCUGUCGCACGACACAAAGCGCAUCCGGCUCUCAUUUGGAAGCAAGAAGACGAUUCUGGGUUUGCCUGUGGGGAAACACAUUGUCAUCUAUGGCCCCAAUCCUCCGAGCGCCAUCUCAUCCAAUACCUGGAAUGGCAAGCCGGACCCAGACAAGGCGAAGGCCGAGAUCGACAGGAAGUACACGCCGGUCACCGGAAACGAAGCUGCUGGCUACGUUGAUCUCGUAGUCAAAAUUUAUCGACCCGGGACCGUGAAGAUGCCGGAUGGCAAGGAGAUGACUUGGGAUGACGGCGGAAAAAUGGGUCUCUACCUGGACAGCAAGAGGCCUGGAGACUGGAUUGAGAUUGCAGGUCCUCUUGGUGUGAAUGAGUACCUGGGGCGAGGCACUUUCAAGCUUCCGGGCAAAACUGUGACUGUCAAGCAUAUUGGGAUGAUGGCGGGAGGAACUGGCCUCACCCCCAUGCUGCAGGUGGUGCAAGCAGCCCUGCGAGACCCAGGCGAUACCUGCAACUUCUAUUUGAUCUAUGCCAACAAGACCGAAAAUGACAUCUUGUGCCGUGACAUGCUAGACGACCUCGCCAGGAACAGCAAGGGUCGGUUUAAGCUCUACUACACCCUCGAUUUUCCGCCAGCCAACUGGGCUCAGAAGACCGGCUUCAUCACCACCGACAUGAUAAAGGAGUGCCUGCCACCACCUUCGGCAGAUACUCUGGUGCUCAUGUGUGGCCCGCCUCCAAUGAUCGAGUACGCCUGCAAGAAGAACCUUGAGGCACUUGGCUACGAGAAGUCCAAGAUGGUGAACUUCUGA